AUGGCUCCUGAAGGAGUCUACAAAGAGUCCCGCACAUACCACGUGCGGGACCGGUCGCCCUCGGACGACGAGUUUGACGACAGGCAUUAUGGCAGCAGGACCACGGUGCACCGUUACAAGGUGAACCCGGGUUCCCGCGUCGAGCGUGUAGAGCGGAUAGAGCGCAUCGAGGACAUCGAUGACGACCGGCGCUCGCGCUUCUCGGGCUACGCCGGCCGGUCGGAGCGAGACCUGCUCGACAUCGACGGACCACGUGGCCGGUCCUACGUACCCGAGCGACCCCGCUCAGCAUUUGAGUCGAGUCCGCGCAAUACCAUGGUCGAACACAAGCAUGUUACCAAGCGCGACUACGACGGAGAUGGUGUGGCAGACGAUGUUGAGAUCUACAAGGAGUCUCGCGAAUACGACAGGGAUCGCGGUGACCGGACCAGCCGCCAGGUCGUCGAGCGCAUCGAGCACGAGCCAGGCGACCCCCUCGGCCCUGAGGUCAGGUCGCGCGUCGAGAGGAAAAUCGUUGAGCGUGGCGAUGACCAGCCGCUUUCCCCUCGCGAGCGCGACUGGGACAGACAGUCGCGCGCCGGCUGGGAUCGGGACGAGACCGAACUCCGCAUCGAGAAGCGUGUCGAACGCCGCGAAGACGGCGAGAUGCGCCUCGAGCGCCACGUGGAGGAGCGGAGAGAUGAGCCGUAUGGAGAGGUCGAGCGCUACCGCAAGGAAACAGAAUAUUACGAGCCAGCGCCGGCGAUGCCUCCUAUCGUGAUCCGCCAGCGCGCACCAGAGCAGAAGAUCAUCGUCCAGGAGGCCCCUGCCCCGGCGCCCUUGGUUAUCCGCGAUGAGCGGCGCUGGAGGGACGACGAUGAGUACUACCGCCGUCGCGAGGUCGGUCUGUACCGCGGCCGUGAACGCCAGGAGGAGUACGCCAUGGAGCGCUACGACCGUCGCAGGGAACGAGAUCGCCGCGAGUACAGUGACGACGACGAGGAGUACUACGUGAAGAAGAAGACGAUCGUCCGUGAGCGUAGCAGUAGCGCGGACCACCACCGCAAGCGUCAUCUAGCCGAGGGCGCCCUGGCUGGUGCUGGUGCCGCGGCGCUUCUUGCAACCAGGCGAUCUGGUGAUGGCGGGCUCCAGGAGAACCGCGGUCGCAAGGUCAUUGCCGGCGCUGCGCUCGGAGCGCUCGGAACCGAAGUUUUCAAGCGCGCACGAAGCGCGUACAACGAGCAUUACGGUGAAGAUGGCCGUGGACGAUCGCGGUCUCGCUCGCGCUCACGAGGUCGGGAUGAUGAUCGCCACUCCAAGCUCAAGACAGGAUUGGGUCUUGCGGCAGCCGCCCUUGCUGUGGCUGGAGCUGCAAAGUACUACCAGACCUCCAAGGUUGAAAAGGAAGAAGCUAGCCGUGGACGCAGCCUUCGUCGGGGCUAUUCUGAGGAGUACUACUCGUCUCGCUCCCGAUCGCGCACCCGGUCCCGCAGCCGCAGUCGUGCAGCAAGCGUAGCCAAAGCCGCAGCCGGCACUGCCGCAGUUGCAGGUUUAGUCAAGCAUCUGCGAGACAAGUCCCGCGCCCGCAGUCACAGCCGCAGCCGAAGCCGAAGCCGAAGCCGCAGCAGAUCGCCUCGUCAUCGGUCACGUUCACGCCUGCGCACCGGUGCCGAGAUUGUGGCGGCGGGGCUCGCCGGCGGAGCAGCCAAGAAGUUAUACGACAAGCACCAGGAGAAGAAGGAGCGCGAGCGUUCGCGAUCCGUCGCAGCAGAGAACCGCAGGAGCCGAAGCAGAAGCUUGAGCUCGGAUUGGUCAUAUGACCGCGACCGCAGACGGCGUUCGCGGUCCCACAGCAGGUCCAACGCCCGCGCCAGACUGCCCCCCCUCCCCCACAACGACUCCUCGAGAGCUGACUCCGAGCUAGGUAUGGUUGAGUACGGCAACAACCCGGUCGUGCCGGAAGCGCGCCGCAGAGGGGCUGGCGGCGGCUAUGACUCGGCGAGCGAGGAUCACGACGGCCGGCGUCGUCAUCGCGGCCGUCGAUCGAGUUACUCCGACAGCGACCAAGACGAAAAGAAGCCCGAGAAGAAGAGGAGUAAGAGCCGCCUGAGGGAGAUGGCCGCUGCCGGGGCCGGCGCCGCGGCUGCUGCCAUCGGCCUGAAGGGGAUACAGAAGCGGAGAGAGAAGUCCAAGGAGCGUGAGGAGGAAGAGGAGCGCCGACGUGAGGACGAGAUGCGAGAGCGAGAUAGGGACCGGGACAGAGACAGAGACAGACAGCGAAACAGGAGUCGCGUUGGCUUUGACGACCGACACAUUAGCCCAGAGCGUGAUCGAAACAGGGAGCGAGAAGAGAGGGCCAGAGACCGGGAACGUAGAAGAUAUGAGGAUGAGAUGGACGAUGGCUACGACAGCUACGAUGAUCAUUAUCAUGGCCACAGUCACCCGCCAUCACCGCCACAUGCGUCUGGCGGCGCGUACAUUCGACCAGCAAUGUCAGGCGCGGCUGGCCCUGGCUUCACCAGCCAUCCCAACAUUGCCUCGACCAACCUCAACGACUACGGCGGCUACCAUCCAGCUGAUUACGGCGGUUAUCCUCCAAACUCGGCGCCCACCCCGACAGGCAUGCCACCACCUCCUGCAGGGAUGCCUCCGGCAGCGCCGCCAUAUCCCAUGGAUCCGCGCCCGUCCAACAGUGCACCAGGACCGCCGCCCAUGGGGUUCCCUCCCGGUCCUCCACCUCGGGGGAUGAACCCCCACGGCGACCACGUGAGUCAAGUUCCCCUGUCCAAGGACACUGAACGCCCCGAUGGUGUAAAACGUCGUGCCCGUUCCCUGUCCCGAUCUUCGUCAUCGUCCUUCUUUAGCGACACCACAAUCGCAGCUCCAUCCCGAGCAACCCUUGGCUCGGGGCAAGAGCAUUCAAAAUCUGUAGUCUUCAUUCCCCUCAGUCCCAAGUCGUCUCAGACCCUGAGAAAACACCACGAGGGUCAAGGAGGUGAUAAGGCUAGCGAGCAUAGCGAUCUGAGCGACGAAACGAUUGCGGACCAACAACAGCUCGUACACCACCCUUCGUAUCCUCGCAAGAAGGACGUCGACAAUGAUUCACACUAUGUGGAUGUUGGGCCGAGGCCGCGACGGCAUCGUUCUAACUCGGAGGGUGCCAUGGUUCACCGUCCCCGUCAUCGUCAGGAUCGCUACUCGGAUACCGAAGACGAUGAUUUGGUCGAAGUGCUGCCUGAUCGUUUCGACUCAGAGGGCCGUCCGCUCUACGAUGAUGGCCCUCGCCAACCACGGUGGAGCUCACGUCGUGGAGAGUUUGAAUACCGCAGUCCUCGACGUCGAGGUCUGCAAAUGCAAGGCCAAUGGGCCGUUGGCGGCACGGACAGUGAGGCUGUCGAGCGGACGGCAAGGCAAAUUACCAGCUUGCUCGAAGGCAGAGGAGGUUGGUUGGGCAUCCUGGGCGGUAUACUUGGUGCCACCCUCGGCAGGGGCGAUGGUCGUCAGGGACUAAUUGGCGAGACAGCUCGUGGCGGUGACGGCGGAGGGCGGAGGGAUCGGAGACACGAACGAGAUCGGCGGUCUCGGCACGAUGGUGAUGAUGAUGGUGAUGAAUCAGAAGUUGGCAGCGCGGCAGUCGAGUAUGGCGCCGGGGACUGGAGGGAAGAUCAUCGCGGGCAGAGGCGAAGGAGGAGAGGUUACGACUGA